CCUCUCGUUUCCGCAUUCAACGACCAGAACAAAAAAACUUUCACCUACCACUUUAUAAAACCCUUCUCAUCUCCUUUUCCCAAUCACUCUCUGUUCAUUGUGUUCCUUCGUUCCUUCCACAAACCAAACCCAGGGAAACACUUUUCCUUUCGGUUUCCUAAGAGAAACAGUGAAAACAAACCAUGGCCGGUUCUUCCAAGAGACAUUGUUUCUCCGAAGAGGACGGUUGGAUUUCUUCCACGGACUAUUCUGGGCACAACUACUCCCAUCACAGCCAACAUGGUUUUGUUUCUAGAACAUUGGGUUUUGGCACUUUCUACAACAGAGGUUUCAGGAACCCCUCUAUUCUUUCCCCAAGAUCUGGGAGAUUUUAUGAUGCCAGAUUCGAAGAUCACCGACCCCACUUUCUUCAAGCUUGUUUUCUUUGCAAGAAGCCACUCGGGGAUCGAGACAUCUUCAUGUACAGAGGGGACACGCCUUUUUGCAGCGAAGAGUGUAGACAAGAGCAAAUAGAGAGAGACGAAGCGAAGGAGAAGAAUAAGAACAUUUCUUCUAUGAAGGCUUUGAGAAAAAAGGAGCAAAGAAAAUCUGUCUCCCCAAACAAGGCCCAGAAUUACUCGUUUCGUGCAGGGACGGUUGCUGCCGCUUAGAUGAAACUUGUAUUGUAAUAGAAUACAAAGAAAGAAAAGAAAAAAAAAAAACAGUUAAACCGCUUCAGCGUUGUCUAAGAAGAAAGGAAAAGAAAAAACAAUGAAGAGAAGGAAAGUAGAAGUGAAGUUUUUCUUUCCAUGAAGAAGGGUCAAGAGAGAAGAGAUCCUCCUCUGAAAGGUUUUUUUGUUCAUGAAGCUGUAUAUGGUAAUACGCAUAGAGAAGCUAGUUGCGUGUUGGAUCCUCUCUCCCCAAUGACUCAUUUUUCAGGAUUCUUGUUAUUUUUUAAAAUAUCACAUAUAUAUAAAAAGGUAUUAGUUAUAUAGUAUUUUAUGUGAUGUGGUGGUUGCAAACAGUUUCGAAGUUUUAACGAAGAAACUUAACUGCUACUACAUGUAUUUCUUUAACUUGUUACAAUGUUUUCACCUUUUUAAGUGAACAUUAAAUAUGAAUCCAAGAAGGGAGACUUUUAUUUA